AUGGAGACCGGACACGCUGUGCAAUAUCUGGAAGGACUUCUUGGUCGCUCUUUGCGUGUACACACCACAGACAGUCGUAUGUUUGUUGGCAUCUUCAAAUGCACUGAUGCGGAACGAAACCUCAUCCUGGCCAACUCACUUGAGUACCGCUUCCCCACCCCCUCUGCCGUUGAAGCGGCUGCGAAGGAGCACGAAUCCUGGGACAACGCCUCCGAAGCCUCAAAGGCCACCGUCAAAGUCAAUAUGACCAGCCGUCUUAUCGGCCUGAUUGUGAUCCCGGGCAGACAUAUUACAAAGGUUGAGCUGGAGUAA